GACCAACACGGAGACGGCGACGGCGACCAACACGGCGACGACGACCAACCGUGAGUAACCCUAGACUUUCCAGAUCCCCCUGAUUGGGACAGCCCCAAGCAAGGUUUGGAAUAGCCCGAUGAAGGCGGCGUCGGGGUCAAGCGCAACCGGCAACGAUGUGGAGGAGCUCCCCCUUGUUGAUUGCCCAGAUUGUGGGAAACAUGUGAUUAAGCUACGAAGCAAGCAAGCGGCGACAUAUGGCAGAGUGUUCUACAAGUGUGAGGAGAAUGUGAAGGAUGAUCCAUUGACUUGUGGAUUCUACAAAUGGGAGAACGAGUACAGGUCGUGGCUGCGGCGUAAACGUUUGCUGGAAGAUGUUGCCGUGCCCUGCUCUUCUGACGACAAGUUCCACAGUGGUCACAAUGGAGAAGUGAAGCAACAAAUUUUGGAAUUGAAGCAUGAGAUUGCCCAUCUGACAAAUGAAAUCAGGGAGUUGAAGCAGCAAAUUGUGUCGUUGAGGAUAAUGUUGUGCAUAGGGAAGAAAGGAGUUGUUAUUGACAGUGCAUUAUGA